UCGAGACUAAAUUCCGCAAUGCAUUGUGGUAUAGCCAGUAUAUAACAUUGGCGCUCGGCAUUAACUCGACAAGGUCACAAUGACGGGUAAUAACGUCAACCAGACUGAACUGGACUUAAGUAAUCUCCACAAGGAAAUAACUGAAAAGUUACAGGUAAAUGGAAGAGUGAAAAGAAAAACCAGACAUCGGACAACCAAAAGUCCCCCGGAUGGGAGCUCCCCACCCUCCCCCCAGUCUCCGAGAACAGGAAAAUGUGGGCGGCCAGCUAAUCCAAUCCCGAGGCACAAGAGGGAGUCACACAUCAAGGCUGAGCACAAACGCAGGGAUAAAAUUCAGAAAGGAUUUGAAAGUUUAAGGUCAUUGGUCCCCUCCCUGGAAGAUGUGUCGGAGAAGGAAAGCAAAGCUGUUAUGCUCUUUAAAACUGCUGAAUACUGUCGGCAACUUAAGGGCCAAUGUAGGGGGCUCACCGAUGAGACGGCUGCUUUGCGGCAAGAAAUCCAGUCCUUGGGUACUCAAAUUCAUGACCUACAGAAGGAACUUCCAGUAACGGGAGUGGACACUGUUGAAGAACCUCCCAGUACGGACAUCGACAAGCUGUAUGAGGAAUAUGUGAGGGUUCAGACCAGGAAAAACUGGAAAUUCUACCUUUUCAGUUUUAUGAUGAAGCCUCUCUUUGAGUCCUUCAAGGUCAUGGUAACCACAACAACCUCUGACGAGUUUACCCAGUCUGUCAGUAACUGGGUCAAGGACAAACUCUCACUUCCAAACCUGAGGAUAGAAUUCUUUAACUGUUUGAGAAAAAUCAGCAAAGAAACUAAGAUAAUGGAUGCACCUGAACUCUUGCCAUUGGAAGCUCAGUGGAGCUGUCCUGGUAAAUCCAUGACGUCAGAUUCCCAAGUCUUAAAGAUGGAAGAUGAUCAUCCAGUCAGCACUCCUCCUCCAGCUACCACCAACCCUGCCCAUGUGGAAUCCCCAUCCAAUAUGUGGAUCAAUUCCACCAUGCCAACAAAUGGCACAUUGUCAACCAUCUGCCAUUUUGUAACUCAGAGCAAUUCAAUGAUCUCCACCAGUUCUGUAGCUGAGAACUGUGUUAUACCUCACAGCAUAACAGACACUAUCAUGAGCAGUGACUCUCAGGAUCUAAACCUGGGUCCUCUUGAUGACAUUCCCCUCCCGACCUGUGAUACCGAGAUGUCUAUUGUGGACUCUUUACUGAACAAUCUGGAGAGUUCUGAUUCCCUCCAACAACUACUGUCUGAUCAGCCUGUCUCCCUGAGUGACAUCAGCCCCACCCCCAUCACAGAGGCUUACACCCCCACCCCAAUCACAGGGGCUUACACCCCCACCCCAAUCACAGGGGCUUACUUCACUGACACCCAGUCACCUUUCACUCCCACUUUCACCUCCCAUCUCGGACACCAGAGCUCUCAUUAUCCCCACUGACAGUGGAUGACCAUUGACUAUAUAAACUCCUACUCAUAUUAGGGGUAUAUUAAUAUGCCAGUUGUAAAUGUUUUGAAUUUUACAUUUUAAAUUUUCAUUUUGAAUUUUUGAAAUUUUUUGGGGUUAGUUACCUGGGGUACUUGUAUAUUUUUUUCCCUUCUGAAAGUUGUUUAAAAUUAGGUUGGUCAAAGCAGUUCAGCUUUUAAAAAAUAAAUGAAAACUCUAAAUGAAAAGAAGUAUACAUUUUGAAGUUUCAUACCAACUUUCCUGUUACUUUGUCUUGAAUGCUUGAUUUUUAUUGGGCACUAUAUCUCGGUGAUAUGUUUUUUUUUGAACGUGUGAUAUUUAUUUUGUAUUUGCUAACUUAUAAAGUGAAGUUUUAUACAAUUUAUACACAAGCUUUCUUUAAACAGGAUCGAUAUGGAAUGUUGCAUUUCAUAAUGAUUCCCUCAUUGUUUUUUUUACUUCUGUAGAAGUAAUUUAAUAUAUAUGUUUAUUCAUGUACUUUGUACAUACUGAAUAAAGUAUUGUGUUUUUUGUCUGCAUUGUAAAACAGGCAUUUUUAAGUCCUUCAUCAUGAAGGAUUUUAUGUAAAUAUUGUACAUUUGUCCAUGGCUUUAUAUUUAAAACGUUAAUAAAGGCAUGAUUAUUUUUUUUCA